CACAGGUGCGCGCCACAGACCGCGUCGCGCGUCGCUCACUGGUUCAAAAUUUAAAUACGAUUCAUUCAUUCAAACAGUUGCGAAAACUUAGCCGGAGUGGGUGCACGCUUCUCUCGCGUCUAAUUAUCAAAAAAAAAGUGCUUAAAUUCGAAACGAACUAUCAAAGUGAUUCUUAAGUAAAUAAAACAACUCUGUGUUAAAUUUUAAAGAGUUUAUUGACUCCAAACUGACAAAUUACAUAAAGUUUUAACAGUUAGCUCAACAAAAACAAAUCGUCGAAGUGCUGUGUGAAAUCAUUUGUGGGUUCAGUGAGAAAAUUAAUUAUUUCGUUCACGUUCAGUGUUUAGAAACUUUAUUCAUAUUGUUUGGAGUUUACUUCGUGGCUUGCUUGACCGGUUCUAUAAGCACAAUGUUGCCGAGGAAAAGAAAUGCGGUGAUAUUCAGCGUGCUAUUGGUGUUGUUGGCGCAGAGAACUGAACAAUAUGGGUCCGGGGCCCCUUCAACGGCCUGCACCGACCAGCUACCGCGACACGAGUCGAUUGCCCCCCAAUCCUCCACUCCUCCGUAUCUGAUCCUCACAUCAUCAGCUCAAGUGAGGCAGGGUGACACGAUCCAGGUGACUGUCGGGAGCCCGGCCGGCGCUCCCCUGCCGAUCGGCGGGUUUAUCAUGCAGGCGAGACAAAUACAGAACCCAGACAUAAUAGUAGGUAAGUUCGUGAGCGUGCCGGACCCGGCCACCACGCACAUGACGACGUGCACCAACGAGAACGACACCGUCACCCACUCGUCACCAGCAGACAAGCCGGCCAUGACCUUCCAGUGGCAGGCCCCAACUGACUUCCUUGGGGGAGUCGAGUUUAGGGCGACAGUAGCUCAAAGCUAUGCGACUUUCUGGAAGAAUGUGGAGUCCCCUCUCGUGGAAGUGGUAACACCUGAUACGCCUGUGAACGCGCCAGCCGCCGCCGCGCCCGCCUCUACCCGAGCCCCUCCACCGCCACCUGUUAUCAUGGAGACCAAGCCACGCCAAGAAGCUCGUCCCCUCGACAUUAUCUACCAGGGCUGUGCUGACACUAAACUCUGUUUCGGUGUCCCCCAAAACUGUAUCGCAAAGGGGGACUGCAAGGCCAUCGUAGCAGUAUUCGUCGCUGGAGACGUAUACACUUUCGAACUGCAAGCGAGUGACAACCCUAAAUAUGUUGCCGCCGGCCUGAGCUUAGACAACAAGAUGGGAGAUGAUAGUGCAAUGGAAUGUGUAAGAAACGACAAUGGGAGAAUUAACCUGUUCACAUCCUGGACUUACCCGAAGUCAGAACCUUAUGUCAGUCGGUCUGACUCCCCUCAAGACAUCGUCCAGUUGCUGGAGUCCUCAAAUAUAGAUGGGAAACUGUAUUGCAAGUUUAGAAGGGAUGUGGUGUCCGUCGUUCAGGGACAGACCUUCGAUUUAGCGAAUAAUAUGUAUAAUUUGAUGAUUGUCGCUGGGAAUUCGAUGAAAGACGCAGACCGCGUGGGCUUCCACGACGCAGCAUACGAGGCGACGGGCGCCCCCCAGGCGCUGGCCAGCGUGGGCGCGGCGGCCGCCAGCUCCAAGCUGCUGCUGAAGCUGCACGGCUGCUGCAUGCUGCUCGCCUGGCUCGGGACCGCCUCGCUAGGGAUACUGCUGGCUAGAUACUUCAGACAGACGUGGGUCGGUAAAACUUUAGGAGGCAAGGAUAUUUGGUUCGCGUACCACCGCAUCUUCAUGGUCCUCACGUGGGUGCUGACGAUGGCUGGCUUCAUCCUGAUCCUCAUCGAGGUUGGCGGCUGGUCCACUACCGGCGACAACCCUCACGCCAUCACAGGCAUCGUUACCGUCAUACUGUGCUUCAUACAACCUAUUGGAGCAUUCUUCAGACCACACCCGGGCACCAGCAAGCGCCCGAUCUUCAACUGGAUGCACUGGCUCGGCGGUAACGCUGCUCACAUACUCGGAAUUGUGACCAUCUUCCUAGCGGUAUACCUGCAGAAGGCUGAGCUGCCAUCAUGGACUGUGUACAUCCUGGCCGCCUUCGUGGCCUUCCACGUCGUCAUGCACUUCGUGCUUUCUCUAACAGUAUGCGUGUCCGACGGCCGCAUUUCCAACGGUCGUAUCACAUCGUUCCCCAUGAAGGACAUGUUGGGACAUCCGCGACAACCCACCGCGCUCGACCGCAGUACUGACGCGCCGUUCUCAAGCUUCAGACGACUACUGCUGGGUAUCUACACGCCUAUCAUCCUGCUAUUCGCAAUCGCCAUGAUCUGUCUCGUAGCACUAGCGCCCAUCACAGAAGCGUAUAACACUAUCAUGGGCUCCUAAACGUUGUAUAAAUGGUUGUAGUUGUAAAACCCCGUUAUAAAAAUAUUUAAUCAACUAUUGAUUGCGAUGAUGAUAUUUGAAAAUUCAUUGAUAAUACAUAAUCAAUAUUAGCUGUGUGUCAAAAACCCAGCUACAAAUUCUCUUCAAAGUUAGUUUUUGCAGCUGGGAAAUGACAAAAUCAUGACGGAUAUCUGUCUUUCAUACAAGCGAGUUGCGACUAAAAGCCUAUUUAGACGUUGCGAGAAGUAUGGUACAUUGUAAGUACCAUACUUCUCGCUACUCGUACCAUACCGUAAGUGUAAGUUGUAAUACAUUGCUGGCAAUCACACGUAACCUUAGAUCGCCGAGCUGCUUCGCUGUACAAUGUAUUGCAUCCUCGCAUGGGCCCUAAGAGGUGGACAAAACUAGUGAAACUAAGAGAAAUCUUAUAAAUAAGUACCUAAAAAAUGUUUUGUAUAACAAGACAGUGUUAAUCAAAAUAGUGUUUGAAUAUCUUUAUAAAAAGGGGCUAGCUUUAAGUGUUGCACGAAUAUUGUCAAUUAGUAUGUAAAGUUUGUGAUGAUCGACACUUGUUGAAUUUAUUUAUGAAUGCUGUAUGUAUUAAGUUGCAAUUUUGAAGAGUUAAAUCUGACCGGAUCAGCGCUACAAAGAGCUUUUGAAGAACUGUGGGUCUACUCCUAACAAAAUCAGUCUUUCAAUUAAAUUGAGAUUGAAUUGGUACCAGUGUCUUAUAAAACAUACAUCAAGAAUACUAAUAGUACUAAGACUUCUUAACCUUCUUGUGGUUCGAUAGUAGCAUUUCAGGGCCGAAUCAAAAUCAAAAACAGGACCAUACCUACUAGGUUCAAGAGUAACCCUGCUGGUGAGAGCUAAGCGCAGUGUGUUGCGCCAUCUAGCUUUCACAAUAGCAAGUCCUUCAUUGUAACGCAUAACUAUACGCAAAUCAUAUAUAAAAGUUUGAGGUCUUAUUUUAAACGUUCAAGUUGUAAAGAUAUGCUUAAUUAAAAAUAAUCAGGGUAAGUAAAUAAGCUUGUUGUGAACAAAAUCAGAACAAAAAAAAUUGAAGAUAAAUAUUAUGAAUACGAUAAUCAGUUAUGUCUGCAUAACUUAUUGUUUAACAAAUGCAAUUUUACAUUAAUUACAAGAUAUUAAUAUAACUUGACAUUAAACAUGAGACAUUUCAAUAUUACAAGAACUUUUUGGUACUAACAUGGUGCAAUCCGUCCGUAUUAAUAAGUUUAAAUACUUUAAUCAAUGUUACAUUGGAUGUUAGUCUUAAAUAAUUUAAUCAGUAAUGUAAGAUAAUAAUGUAAAUAUAGUUUCAAGGAAUUAAAAGUAAUUUAAGAAAA